AUGAAAGCUAUAAUACAACGCGUUCUCUCAGCAUCCGUCACAGUCGACAAUCAAAUUGUCUCCUCAAUCGGCAAAGGCAUCCUCGUAUUCGCUGCUGUUGCCCCAGACGAUACUCCGAAGGAUGUCGAAUUACUCGCCAACAAAAUACUCAAACUCAAAGUGUGGGAUUCACCUUCAGAUGGUGGGCGAUGGAAGAUGUCUGCCAUGGAUAUGGAUUACCAGGUACUUCUCGUAUCACAGUUCACGCUUCUUGCCAAAACCAAGAAGGGGAGCAAGCCUGAUUUCCAUGGAGCAUGUCCUCCUGCGCUAGCAGCAGACAUCUAUACCUCGCUGCUUGACAAAACACGAGCUUUAUACGCUGGCGAGAAGGGAUUAGCACAGGAGGAUGCAAUGACGAGAGUCCAAGAUGGUGUCUUUGGAGCCAUGAUGCAGGUUGCAUUGGUGAACGACGGCCCAGUCACUUUCGAGCUCUCGACACCAGAAAAAUCUGAGACUGUAACGAGUAAUAAAGGUGGAAAGAAAGAAAAGAGUGAAGGGGAAGGGAAAGGGGAUACAGGCGGGAAUGUCAUCUCAAAUAGCGACUAA